UAGCCAAAGCCCACCCUGCCACAGUUGAAACCACACCCAACUAAAAAACUAAAAGGCAUUCUCCUCUAUUUCUUUUCGCUUCCUUAUCUCCUAAAGCAAUAGCCCUAGUACUUGAGGAUUCACCAUGAAAGGUGGUAAAACCAAGGCCGAUGCGAUGCAAACUGAUGACAAGCUGAAGAGGAAAGCUGCACGCGCUACAAAGCGAGCGAAGAAGGCAGCGAAGGAUCCAAACAAGCCAAAGAGGCCUCCUAGUGCUUUCUUCGUUUUCAUGGAGGAGUUCAGGAAGCAGUACAAAGAGGAGCAUCCUGAUAACAAAUCCGUCUCCGCUGUUGGCAAAGCUGGUGGAGCAAAAUGGAAAAGCAUGACCGAAGAUGAGAAAGCUCCUUAUGUUCAGAAGGCAGAGAAGCGAAAGAGUGAAUACAAUAAGAGCAUGCAGGCAUAUAAUCUGAAACUGGCCGGUGGAGCAAACGCCGGAAACGAUGAUGAAUCUGAUAAGUCAAAGUCUGAAGUAAACGAUGAGGAUGAAGACGAGGGGAGUGGAGAGGAAGAAGAUGAUGAGUAGAUGAACUUGAUGCGGGGAUGCACAAACUAGUUUAGAAUUUGGUUAGAUUCAGGAAUUCUUUCCUCCCUAGAGAUGAAUAGUUGACAUUAAUCUCCAAAUAUUUUAGAUUACAUAAGAGUUAUAAAUGGAUUAGUUGCAGCUUUUUCUUGUUAGAGCUUAUAUGGAUAUUGUUGUUGAAUUUUCUUAGAAAUCAGUGAUGAAGUAUAAGCUUAUCUUGCGUAAUUUGCUUAGAAAUCAAUGAUUAAGUUUGAGCUUGUCGCCU